AUCCACGUAACGCAAGUGUUCAUAGCGUUGUAUUUAAUUAUUCAUCUCAAUUUAAUAUUAUCUAAUAAGUUUUAAAUAACUCGCCGGUUGAAAUGAAGUUACAAUUAUAGAUAAUUCGUACACAAUAUUGUAUAUUUUCUUUCAGCUGUUUGAUCAGGAUGAGACUGAUAAACAUUGCACUGGUCGUAGUCUUAACUGUACACAGUACCUUUUCUGUGGACAAGAACAAUUUCAAGACAUGCGAACAGUCUGGAUUUUGUAAAAGACUUCGUAAUUUAAAACCGGAAAAAUCGCAGUACUCUUUAAAUUUAGAUAGCGUGUUUGUUCAUGGUAAUGUGCUUUCUGCUGAAGUUAUAACGGUAAAUCAUGAUACUGAGAACAAAAACGUGCUGUGGCAUUAUGCUUUGAAGUUGUCAGCACUAGUGGAUGGCACAUUCCGUGUUGAGAUUGAUGAAGCUGAACCACUGUAUCCUCGGUACAGGACACAGCUGUCUCUGGAUGGUGAACCUAAACCAGAUUCCCUCAAACUGGUCUCCAAAGAGAACGGUCAAAUAACUGUCUCCAAUUCGCAAGGGUAUAAAGUGGUGAUAAGAGCUGAGCCUCUCAAGUUCACUUUCCUGGACAAGAAUGGUGAAGAAGCCGUAGUGUUGAACGAUAACGCUCAGCUGUUCGUGGAGCCGUUGAGGGUGAAGAAUUCUGGUGAUGAGGAGAAUGCUGUUGAAAGCGAUGAAGGCGCUUGGAGUGAGUCGUUCAAGUCUCACCACGACAGCAAACCGCGCGGCAACGAGGCCGUGUCCCUCGACGUGGCUUUCCCUGACGCGGACCAGGUCUACGGUAUUCCGGAGCACACCGACAAGCUGAAUCUGGCAACCACGACUUCCGGCGAGCCCUACCGCCUGUACAACCUCGAUGUGUUCGAGUUCGAGUUGGACAGCCGCAUGGCGAUCUAUGGAGCCAUACCCGUGCUCUACGCGCAUGGAUCAAAACGUACAGUGGGCGUGUUUUGGCACAACUCCGCCGAAACUUGGGUCGACAUUGUGAAUUAUGGCGACGAGACUGUGGUCGGUUCAUUGGUGAACCUGGUCACCGGAGGCCAGAAGCGAAGAGUGGACGCCAGGCUGAUGAGUGAGAGCGGCAUCGUGGACGUGUUCGUGAUGAUGGGAGACCGACCCUCGGACGUGUUCCGUCAGUACACCAAGCUUACAGGAGUCGCCCCGCUGCCACCGCGGUUCUCGCUGGCCUACCACCAGUCGCGCUGGAACUACGUGGACGAGGCCGACGUGCGCGCCGUCGACGAGGGCUUCGACGAACACGACGUGCCUGCCGACGUGCUGUGGCUCGACAUCGAGUACACCGACGGCAAGAAAUACUUCACCUGGGACCCCAUAAAAUUCCCUCACCCUGCUGAGAUGGUCGCCAACCUGACUGCAAAGGGCCGGAAGAUGGUGGUCAUCAUAGAUCCCCACAUCAAGCGGGAGGCUGGCUACUUCCUGCACGAAGACGCGACGGAGAUGGGGCUCUACGUUAAGAAUAAAGAUGGCAAAGAUUAUGACGGUUGGUGCUGGCCAGGUUCUUCGUCAUACUUGGACUUCUUCAACCCAGCGGUGAUCAAGUACUACACGGAGCGGUACAAGUUCCAGAACUUCCCUGGAACAAGCAAGGAUGUCCACAUCUGGAAUGAUAUGAAUGAGCCAAGUGUGUUCAAUGGACCAGAGAUCACGAUGCCCAAGGAUUGCAGACACUACAAGAGCCCGCAGGAUGGUGAAGAAGGGAUUGCCUCCUUCUGGGAACACAGACACGUCCACAACGAGUACGGGUUGUCGUACAUCAAGGGCACGCAUGAGGGUAUGAUGGCCAGGACAGAUGCGCACUACCGACCCUUUAUACUGUCCAGAGCUGUCUUCGCGGGCACUCAGAGGUUUGCGGCGGUAUGGACCGGAGAUAACAUGGCAGAGUGGGGUUUCUUGGCUGCGUCAGUGCCCAUGUGUCUGUCGCUUGCUACUGCUGGAGUCAGCUUCUGCGGCUCCGACGUGGGCGGCUUCUUCAAGUACCCCGACGCUGAGCUGAUGACGAGGUGGUAUCAGGCGGGAGCAUUCCAAGCGUUCUUCCGCGCCCACUCUCACAUCGAGACCAAGCGCCGUGAGCCGUGGCUGUAUGACGCGACCACCCUGGCGCGCAUACGAGACGCUGUACGCCGCAGAUACGCCCUCCUAGACUUUUGGUACACGUUGUUCUACGAGCACUCAAUCGACGGAUUGCCGGUGACCCGGCCGCUGUUCCAGCAAUACCCACAGGAACAACAGACCUACACCAUAGACAAUACCUAUCUUUUAGGCGACAAGCUGCUGGUGUCCCCGGUGGUGGAAGCGGGCGUGAGCAGCGUGAAGGUGUACCUGCCGGGACGGGAGCGACGCGAGCUGUGGUACGACGUGGACACGUUCCAGCAGCACUCUGCCAACGGGCACAUACACCAGGACGUCAACAUUGGCAAGAUCCCGGUGUACCAGCGCGGCGGCACCAUCAUACCACGCAAGGAACGCGUACGACGGUCCUCCACGCUGAUGACCAACGACCCGUACACGCUACUCGCCGCUCUCGACGUCAACGGCACGGCUGAAGGCACGCUGUACAUAGACGACGGCGAAACCUUCGACUACAAAUCCAACAAGUACAUCUACGCCAAGAUCACGUUUUCUCCAGACGCCAUGACAUACAAAUUACAAAACAACGCGCAUUACCCGACCCGCACGUGGGUGGAGCGAAUAGUAGUGGCGGGUAUCAAGACUGCUCCCAAGUCCGCGCAGCUGAUCCAGGGAGAGUCCCGGAGCGCGCUCCACAUGACCAUCCACCGCGGGAACGACGUCCUGGUGGUGAGGAAACCCGGCGCCAAGAUGGCCGCCGACUGGGAGAUACGGUUCACGUAUUGAUGGGGUUCGUGGUGGCACGUCGCCGACAGAAUACAGACAUAGCUAAGUGCAAUACCAUCUUAGAUAGUACAGAUUUACCACGAAACUCUUAGAUAGUACAAACCUAAAUUGACAUCCAAACGCAACGAUGCAAGUGGCUAUAUAAUCGCUUAUUUUAAAAUUUCAUUAACAGUUAAACCACACCCAUGUUCUAGCCAUAUUGAAUGUUUACAUUCAAAACAUCAUUCUACCCGCAUUUAACUGUAAACGUACUAGUGUUAAACGUCAAGUUCGAAUUUAUGGAUGCGGUUAUAGAUAUUUAGCAAAUACAAGUCACAUUAUAUCCGUUCGAUAAUUUGAAGUCACACGGGGCAUCGCUGCGUCUUCCUAUAUACUCAUUAAGAAUGAACUUCUAACGAUAUAAUAUAUUAUAUAGUAUAAUUAUUGUAAUUUUUUCUGUCUGUAUGUUGAGUUGGCGACGUUUUUGAAGUUACAUAUUGUUGUAUGUGUUGGGUUGUACCCAAUGAAUGUUUUAGUAAAGCAUUAAGCUUUAAAUUAUACAAUUAAUUAGUGAUGAUUUAACGCAAUUGUGUUUUUGUAUUCCGAACUGUCAUUGGUUGGAUUCUAUAUGAUAUUUGGCUUUAAUUGAAAAACUGCCGCCAAAGCGUACAAUUACCACUUCAUAUACUUUACAUUUCUGUGUCCAUUUCAAGAUUAUGUACAAUGCCACACUUUAUACGAACAAAUUAAUACCUCUUAGUAAUCUAUACAUUGUACAUCUUAUCGGAAUGGUACAUAAAUGUAAAUUUCCGCACUCUAAAAAGACACACAUGGUAAAAUCUACUUUUAGCAAAUUCAUCAAAAAUAAUAUUUAAAUUUUCCCUACUAAUUGGUGAUUGUUGCAAAAAAAUUUAAUUAAUUUAAAUUUGUGGUAUUAAUUCUUAGUCGUUUUAGUAGUUCCUCGCUUUUAUUAUUGGAAUAACGACAAGCUACUUUGCUCCCACUGCAAGUAAUCCGCUAUCAGUCGCGCCCGCACCUUCUUUUGUAGCUACUCAGUAUUACUCACGAGUGUGGACAACGAGUGCGCUGCGCAUAGAAUUAAUCAUUGUCGCCCGCCGGUAUUCGAUAAAAAUCCACAAAAAAUAUCGGUCACUUUUAUCGAUUCAACUCAUUAGAUUAUUCUUUAGCAAUGAUCGCCAAUCCCUACUUUAUAUAGAUCUUAAACAGAUUGAAUUUGUCAGAAGUGGUUUUCCGCUGUUUACCCGAAUUUUUUGUUUAUUAGAAUCGAUUAGUGAAAGUGUACAGGCAGGGUACAGUUUUAUAAUAAAUAUUGAAACCCGCCUCCCAUUUUUAAUGCUCCAUCUAAUUUCCACUGUCAUACGAUACUAUAAGCAAAUAUAUUUAGGGUAGAGACCUACAUUUUAAUGGGUCAGUUACGGUAAAAACAUUCUACAAUUUUUAUAUCAUUUUAAUACAUUUGAAUAAAAUACGUUUAUAUCUCAGUUUUUCAGGGCUCUCGUGAAAUUUUCGAUAUAAUUUUUAUAAUAUUUAAGAUUUAAAUUUUAUGAUGCAGAGAUUAUGCAAAAGACUUACAAAGAUUAUACAAGAUAAUAUCAAAACCCUUGUUUUAUCGCGUGACAGUGUGUUCAGUUCAGUGUUUGUUCUUAAAUAAUUAAUGUUUUUUUAUAUUUGAAAUAUUUAAAUGGCAACCAUGAUCGAGUUGAUAUAGAGCAAACUAGUAAAAAUUUACUCAGUCAAAUAUUGAAUUUAUUUGAUGGAAUGAAUCGUUGAAGAUAAUGUUAGUGCAGGAAUAAAGAUGAAUUCAAUUUAAUGAAAUAAGGAAGGACUGCAGCUAGGCGAGAGACUAGCGUUAUCAAUGUUUCAGCGUUACAUUUCGUUGCAUCGGAAGAAAGAGAGCCACAUAUCGGUCAUACUACUUCCCCGUUUUAAUACAGUGUGCUGUAUAAUAAUUUGUUAGUUACGUUAAAUUGAAUUCAGUUCAAAACAUGCUACAAACACGGUCGUAUUCUGACAUAAAAUAAUAUUGCUCGUAUAUUUAUAUUUUUAGCAACAAUAUAGUUUUAUUUGUACAUUUUACAAAUCAGCGUUAAAUGUUGAAUUAUACAGACUAUUUAACGUCAGAGUGUGGACGUUCCUCUUGUGAUAAUAAAACAAUUUUAAAAUUA